AGAUGUUUGAGUCAAUGCGGUCUGAAACUUUCAAUAUCGACACCGGCCAUUUUACAAUACUCUGUAGUUGGAUUAAAAUACCUUUCAAAAUUAAAAUUGUAAUUAAAUGUCAGAACCACAGUCAGCUCUUCUAUUGAGAAAACAGCUCGCAGAACUAAAUAAGAACCCAGUAGAGGGUUUUUCUGCUGGCCUUAUAGAUGACAAUGAUAUCUAUAGAUGGGAAGUACUCAUAAUAGGACCCCCUGAUACUUUAUAUGAAGGCGGAUUUUUCAAAUGUCACCUAUAUUUUCCUAAAGAAUAUCCACUAAGGCCACCGAAGAUGAAAUUUGUUACAGAAAUUUGGCAUCCAAAUAUUGACAAAAAUGGGGACGUUUGUAUAUCCAUUCUUCAUGAGCCAGGUGAUGACAAAUUCGGUUAUGAAAAAGCUUCAGAACGGUGGUUACCAGUGCAUACUGUAGAGACUAUAUUAAUAUCAGUAAUUUCAAUGUUAGCUGAUCCAAACGAUGAAUCGCCUGCCAAUGUUGAUGCUGCUAAAGAGUGGAGAGAAUCAUAUUCAGAGUUCAAACGGAAAGUUGCCCGAUGUGUCAGGAAGUCUCAAGAACAAGAGGAAUGUUAGUAUAAUGGCUGUAUUACAAGUGAACUUCAAACAAUUAUACCUGCAGUUUGUUUCUGGGAGUGUUGGAAUUUGUACUCUUUUUGUAUGUCGUUUCCGUAGUUUUUUAUACAACAUAUGUUUACAAGAUGGAUUUCAAUGCCUCCAGAAUCUCUCUCAGGUAUUACAAUUUUCUUUAAUUUAAGAUCUCAUGACAACUGAGAAAUUUUACAAUUAAGAAUCUGAAAAAAAAUAAAUGAGAAAUUUCAGUUGAAUAAAUAAUUUGUUUGCAUUUCAUUGUUUCAAUAUUGAUUGUAUGUAUAAAUAUUCGAAUGGGUUCCUAUUAAUGUUGGGAGUAUCUCGUAUCAUUCUUUAUGUUCUGAUCGGUUUAUUUCAUUUGUUAGUGGUUCAGCUAUCAUAAAUGUACAGUUCACAUUUGUUCAUAUUGCAUUAUACAUAUUUAGAAUUUCCACUCAGUGAACAAUUAUAUUUUUUUUUGUCAGUUCCCAGAGACGAUCGAAUAAUGGCCCGUUUUUGAAACAGGUGUAUUUUUAGGACAGAUUACUUUUUCAGAAAGAAAUGUUUUGGCUCUCUACUUCUCAUUUCGUUUUAAUAUCACUCCACUCUUUUUAUAGAAUUUAUCUUAGAUACAGUCAUAACACCUAUUUUACCAUAUAAAUUUAUACAUAUAUCCAAUUUCCUAAUAAAUUUAAUAUGCUGAGGACUUGAAGACAACCAUAAAAUAGUAAUAAUUCUUCAAAAUAAUCCUAGUGAGGGAGUAUACCUCUUCACUUUAAUUAUAAUAAAUAUCUAUGCAAAAUUACAUUGGCUUGAUAAAAUUUUUAAAAAUGUGAAGGUGGUCAGAGUUUUAAUAUUGAAGUUUUGUAAACUGUGUUAAAACUAUCACACAAAUCUCCACUCAAGUAUAUCAUUUGUGUUCAAGAAACACUUUAUUGUGAGAUUUCCACUGAAUAUUUUUACAAAAACGCAAGACAUGUUUCACUAUAAAGUAGCUUCUUCAGUCUAUACACAUAUACAAUAGCUACUUCAGGUGUGUCUAUAAAUAUAUAAACAAUAGCUUAUUCAGGCGUGAAUAAGCUAUUGAUAUUCAUAUCUAGUAUCGACCGAUUCCAUCGCAGAUAUCAUUUGUACUUGAAUUGAAAAGUGUCCUCAGCAGUUCAAAUUAUUCUCAAAUAAAAAAGUUGACACUAAUAACAUUGAAUCAUCUAUUAAUAUAUGCAAUUGUGCAACUGCACAAAAGGUGAUUUCAGUACUAGAGGAUUCAAAAUUUCUGAUUCAUUCAUUACCUUCGCAAUAUAACAUCUCUGGGGACUGCCGACUUUGCAUCGUUCAAUUGGAUUGUACUCCUAAAUGAUCAGACUUUAUCGUGUUCUUAAUUUAGUGAUGAUUAGUUAUAUGAUAUUUUUUAAGUCGUCAGCUGUGAAUAAGAAAUUUCUUUUGCAGAAUCUACCCAUCAACAAAACGACCUUUACUCUUAAGACACUGAAAUGUCAGAAAAUACUUGUAUUUGCUCUUAGGUAUGUAAAUUUUACUGUCACACUGUAGGUAUCGUAAUUUAAGUAAAUUUUAUUAAAA